AUGUCCACCUCAACCGAGACUAAGCAGCGCACAGUUGCCGCUCGCUUCGAGACCAGAGACUUGGUUACUUUCGACAAAGAUCAAGUUUAUGGCGACUGGCGCGACGAGUUUCACAAAAAUGGCUGCGUUCUGAUCAAGAAUGUCAUUUCUCCCGAACGUGCCCAGUACUACUGCGACAAACAGAUUCAAUGGCUGAAGAACUUCGAGCUUGGCUUCGACGAGACGGAUCCGAAAACUUGGACAGCCGAGCACCUCCCCGUCAGUUUCAAGGGCGGUAUGUACUUUGCCUAUGGCGCUACCCAUGAAAAGAUGGCUUGGGAAGCCCGGACUGAGCCCAUGGUGGUCGAGAUAUUUGAGAAGCUAUGGGAAACUAAGGAGUUGAUCACGUCUUUCGAUGGAAUGAACAUCUCCCUGCCAAACCGCACGGAUCUUAACUGGAGCCCUUGGCCUCACUGUGACCAGAAUCCGGAGCGAAAGGGCAUGCAAGCGGUCCAAGGACUCUUGAACUAUGCACCUAACGGCCCCAAUGAUGGCGGUUUAAUGUUGAUGAAGGGAUCAUCCAACCUGUUUAACGAGUUCUUCGAGCAUAAGGGAGAGUCUGCAGACCACGAAGACGCUCCACCCCCCGAGCUCCAGUAUAUGGACCUAUUCCUUUUUAGCAAAAAAGACAUCAAGUGGUUCGAAGAGCGAGGUUGUGAGUUGGUCAAAAUCAAUAUGGAGCCCGGCGACUUUGUGAUGUGGGAUUCUCGUACCAUGCACUACGCUUGUCUGCCCGAGGGUGAUCAGAUUCGACAUGUGCAGUAUAUCUGUAUGACCCCGAGAAGGUUUGCUGAGGAGGAAGCCUUGAAAGCAAAGAAACAAUGCUUCGAGACUUUUACCGGCACUACCCAUUGGCCGCAUUGUAACAUUCGUCCAGCCGAGGAUAAGCCUAUGCGCAAUGGAGAGGUCUGCCCUAAAUACAGAACGGAGCCGUUUGAGAAGCCAACCAUUACUGACCAAGUGCUUCGUCUCGCCGGAGUAAAGCCUUACUGA